GAAGGACUGUGUGAUCAAACCAGAUGGAGAUCUACCAACAGAAAUAAAUACUGGCAGUGAACGUCGAAACAAGUAUAUAAAAUUGAUUUAUGAUGCAUUACGUAAGACGAUUACGGAACCAAAUCCAAAUAUAAGCGUGAGGCAGAGAAUUCUUGAUAUCGCCAUACGAAUCGAAAACAAAAUAUUUCAAAAUUCUGAUCAAAUGACAAGUGAUGAGAAUUACAAAAGAAAUUGUUAUUCCAAGUUAUGGAAUUUAAAGGAUAAAAGUAACCCUAAUUUCGCCAAGAAAGUUGCUUCUGGUAUUAUUUCACCAGAAGAUGUUGCAAACAUGACUAGCGAAGAAAUGGCGUCACCGGAAGUAAAAAGAAAGAAUGCAGCUGUACGACAUCAAUGGUUCCAACAAACAAAGAGACCACAGAUAGAUUUGAAACCUAUGAAAUUAGAUAGUGACGGGUCGUUAUGUGGCGCAUUUUCGGGUUCGGGUCCUACAAUUUGGGUACAACGUGAACCUACCAACAUCUUUACAAACGAUGACACAGGUAGUGAAUAUUACAGCAAUGUUCGGUUUUAA